AUGGGGUUUGCAAAUCUCUUCGUUGUGGCACUAAUGCCCGUUCUCAAAGUAAUUCUGAUGACUGGAGUUGGCUUCUUCAUUGCUUCGGAUCGCAUAAAGCUCUUGGGGUCUGAGCCAAACCGCCAUUUGAACAAUAUUGUAUUCUACGUGUUAAGUCCUGCACUUGCGGCCAGCAGCUCAGCUGAGACGGUCACGUUCCAGAGUUUCAUGACCUUGUGGUUCAUGCCAUUAAAUCUUCUGCUGGCAUACAUUUUCGGCUCAAUACUGGCUUGGCUUCUCAUAAAAAUCACUAAAACUCCUGGCCACCUUCAGGCCAUUGUCAUCGGUUGCUGUUCCGCCGGAAAUGUUGGGACUCUGACUCUGAUUAUGAUUCCAGCAGUGUGUGAGGAGUCAAAUAAUCCAUUUGGAGAUCCAUCUGUUUGUUCUUUACAUGCUAGGUCUUAUGCUUCACUAUCUUUAGCUAUUGGAGCAAUUUACAUGUGGUCAUAUGUAUAUGGAAUCAUACGGUUGUAUGUAAAUAAAACCAUAGAAAAUGACUCCACUUCUGAAACAGCUGCAGAAAGUUGCACUGAAUUAGAUGUUCUUCCAUCAAUUGACGUCGACGGUAUUCCUCUACUUACCACCAGUUUCAAUGGAACAAUCGCAAAGUUGUCAGCUUGGAAGAAAAUAAUGCGGCGAAUGAAGAGCAUUUCGGAAAAGGUUGACCUAAAGAAAGUGUUUGCACCAACAGCAAUUGCAGCGAUUGUAGGGUUUAUAAUCGGGAUAGCAUCUCCGAUCCGAAAACUACUGAUCGGAAAUGAAGCUCCACUUCGUGUAGUCGACAGCUCUGCAUAUAUAUUAGGGGAGACAGCAAUUCCAUGUAUGACCUUGAUCAUGGGGGGCAAUCUUUCGAGAGGUCUGAAUGGAUCGGAUGUGAGUAGAACUGUGAUAAUAGGGAUAAUAGGAGUGAGGAACAUAUUGUUGCCAUUAAUAGGGAUCGGUGUUGUUAAAGCAGCUCUCCAUUUGGGAUUGAUCGCAUCAGAAAAUAAGUUAUAUCACUUCGUUCUUCUGCUUCAAUUUGCUGUUCCACCAGCAAUAUCAGUAGGUACCAUGACCCAAAAAUUUCAGCUUGGUCAAUGCGAGACUUCAGUGAUAAUGCUGUGGACUUACGUAAUAGCAGCAUUCACCCUCACAAUUUGGUCUACCUUGUUCAUGUGGAUUCUGGCUUGA